AUGUUGGGAAUCCAGUGGGAUCAUUGUGAUACUUCUGAAGGAGCUGCAGUGGGGCUCUUUUCAAAAUCGAUUCUUCCUGCAGUCCCAAACGAAUUUCUCGCUAGUCCACGAAUUCUACGUAUUACUGGCAGUAGUGCCGGCCUUAGACAUUUGGCGCCUCCGGUGCCCCAGAUGAUUGAUGCCUCUCUUGGUCGGCACCUCUGGACUAUUGCCCCGCCCUAA